GGGGGGGGGGGGGGGUGGUGGUGAUUGGAAAAGCCUCCCCCACCCAAAAAAAAAACCUUUUGCUUUAAAUCUCAGUCAAGCUGAGUGGACCAGGCUUGUCUGCUUUGCCGCCCCGCAGGGAAAGGCUUGAAGUUUGUUUAUUUUCUCCCACUUCACUGCAACUUGUUGCGAUUUGCGCUCAGUUCGGAGUUGCAGACUCUCCAGUCCCCGGCACUGAUGGGCAGUUAAAUAAAAAGGGUGCUCGGGGUGUCGCUGGCAGCUUUGGAGCGGGUUGAAACUUUUUGUUGGUCGGCCUGUGUAUUGCAAGUUAUUUUCGAUGGAGCCUUAUAUUGGUGCUAUUCAAGAUAAACAAGUGCAGCGAGAUUAUGGAAUUCAGAUCAGGUUUAUUCAAGAUGCCCAAGAACAAGCGACCCGAGCACAAAAAUCUCAGACUGCUCUUAACAAAUCAGGGUCUUACGGAGUCAGCAUUAGGGUACAGGGAAUUGAUGGGCAACCAUAUGUAGUGCUAAACAGCAACCAGGAAGGACAUUUGCAAAUGUUUGAGCCUCCACCUGAAAAUGGUUCCUUUGAUCAAACUUUGUCUCAGGAUGGUUUUAAUGCAUAUUCUGGUCCCUAUGCAAGAGAACAAGGAAAUGGAUUUUCCAAUAAUUGCCAUUUCACUUAUCCAGAACAUCAAUACUUCAAUUUGCUUAAGCCAUCUCCUUACCCACAGCUGCCUAUGCCUGUAGUAGAAACCUCAAAGAUUGAGGUUGAUAAAAAACACACAAAAGCAGGUAGUUUACUGAAUUUCCAAAAGCAUCCUGAGAUUCUGAAGCCAUAUGACCCUGACAAGGACCUCUUGAAAUGCACUAGUCAACAAAGUGUGACCAGUAGCAAGUUAUCAGAAAGAGAUAAAGACAAAUCUUUUCAUCGUUUACCCAAGUCUGAAUUUCAAGAUAAGUUAGGUAAUCGACCAUCGAGUUCAAUAAAGCCCAACGACGAGAAAAGUAAUUUCAGCAAGCCCACAACAGUGGAAGAUCCAACCAAGAAAACUGCUGGGUCUGCCAGUCGAAAAAUUGAUAUGUUGAACACGAACAAAAGAUGUCAAAACAACACCAGCCCUGAUUCGGAAGAUUCUCGGAGAACACGACCAGAUUUGCUCCCUUUGCGCCGGCAAGAUUCAACUGGAAGAGGUUUUGAUGCUUCUAGGUCAAGGAGGUCAUCAUCUUCAACUCCAACAUCAGCAAAUUCAGACAAGCUAAAUCCUUCAUACAAGCUAUGGUUGGAUGAUCCAGAUGAAGAGCUUUCUGCUGAAAAUGUAAACCGGCAUGAGAACAGGAGAUACAUUCCCUUUUUUCCAGGCACUGGUCGUGACAUUGACUCAGGCCCUAUUCCUGGGGUGGAUGAAUUGAUUGAUAAAUUUGACGGAAAAGAUGGACAGCACCGGCGAGGUAGGUCUGCAAAGAGAAACCGCAUUAACCCAGAAGAUCAAAAACGAUCCCGAAGUGUAGAUAGUGCUUUUCCACCUAGAUCGCAAGAUAAUCCUGCUUACCUAGACCAACACAGUAAAAAGCUUGGAAUAUCAAAUGAACAUUUGUUGAGACCAUCGCAGUUGUGCCAUAAAAAUGCUGCCUCACAAAGCUUACGAAACCCUGCUUCUUGUGAGAAUGUGCCAUCCAAUUCUACUGGUAAUCUUGGCAGGUGUCAAACACAACCUACAGAAAACCAAGGAAGCCUGAAUUAUGGUUUUAUGAAGAUUUCAGGUCAGACUGAAAUGAAUGGUGGGGCUCCUAAGCAACAUAGUAGGAGAAUUGCUUGUAAAUCUGCCACAUUCCCUGUAGGUACACUCAAUAAAACUGAAGCCAAAAAAGAGGAGAUAACUUCUGUUACACCAACAAAGACUGGUAAAACAACCCCUUUCUUCUUUGGGAUCAGUAAGAGCUCAGAUCCCAAGCAGCGCACCGCUUGUACAAGCCAAACUGCCUGUGAUCAUGAUGUGCAGGUAACUCCUGACCUUCUGAAAGACCAACAAAUGAAUGAGGAGACAGCAAAACAGAUCCUUUACAACUGUCUCAAAGUGGGGAGUCACGAUGAUGAUGCCACAAAAAAGAAAGUCAAUUUGGUUUUUGAGAAAAUUCAGACCUUGAAAUCAAAGAGCGCAGACAGUGUGAAAGAACAAAAGGAUGAAAAUGUUGGCAUUACUUCCGAAUACAAAGCACUGUUGGAGCAGAAAAUUGAGCUUGAAAAGAAGGCAGUUGAAAUGGGAAAGAAAGCAGAUCAACUACAGAAAAAACUGGAUGAGCAAACUCUGAAGCAGCAGAGUACCACAGAACAAAAAGAUAGGACCAAAGCUGAUCUGAAAAAUCUGCAGCAAGAAAUGGAAAACAUUUUGGAAGAAAACAAUCGUUUAAGGGAGCAGCUAGCAAAAACUGAUAAAGAGCUUCGAAACCAACUUGAAGAGCUGGUGCAAGUGAAGAUGGAAAGAGAGCAGUACCAGAGUGAAAUUAGAGACUUGCAGGAUCAGCUCUCAGAAAUGCACGAUGAGCUUGAUCAUGCAAAAAACAAUGCUGACAAUGAAGAGGAAAAAGAGACUUUGAUAAUGGAAAUGAUUCAAGCGAAGCAGCAGCUGGAAGAGGUGCUGUUGGCUAAAGAUGAUCAGCAGGAGUUGUUGAAGCGAAGGGAAAGAGAGCUGACAGCACUCCGAGGUGUCUUGAAGGAGGAGGUCUCAAGCCGUGACCAGGAAACUGAAGAUCUUAAAGCACAGCAUGAGAAAGAGAAAGAGAAACUGAAGAACAGCAUUGAAGAUCUAGUGCAGAGCAAAAGUACACUGGAGCAAGAAAAAAUUGUAGCCAAACAAGCGAAGAACACUGCAGAGGAUCAUGCAAAACGUCUUACGGAUGAAAAUGAAACCCUGAAAAGAAAAGUUAUCAAAUUGCAGGCUGAAAUCAGUGAACUCAAUCAAAUAAUUUCUAACAUGAAGAUAGAAGAGAAUAGGCUGAAGGAUAAACUUGCACGUCUGGAGCAGGAGAAGAAGCAGCUGGAAGCUGCCUUGAGAGAAAUUGGAGACCAAGAACAGGACAUUUCAUUGGCAAAAAGAGCUUUGGAGAGCCGCUUGGAAGAAGUCCAGAGAAGCCUCAACAAGCGAUCGCAGGAGCACCAGGAAUUAAAUGAAAGACUUAAAACAGAAACAGUUCAGAGAGAUCUUUUAAAGAAAACAAAGAAUGAAAUGGAGGCUGAGCGGAGGCAAUUGGAGAAGAUGGUUGAAAAGCUUGAGAAAGAGAUGGCUGAGAUGAGUCAGAAUGCUCAAAGGUCAAACCUUGAUCUGCGGAAGGAGCUUGAUGAGUGCAAGGAAAAGAAUCGCAGUCAAUUGAAUGUCCUGCAGCAGCAACUGAAAACUAAAGCCCUGGAGGCUGAGAAAUCUCAACUAAUAACCAAGAAACUGCAGGAUGAGAUGCGGCAAUUGCGAGAGGAGUUGGACGGCUGUUGCCAGGAGCGAGAUGAAGCAGUUCUGAAGAGCCAGCAACUGAAGCAGAACAUCAGUGACCUAGAGCUCGACCUUGAAAGUAAAAUGCACUUAAAAGAUGAUCGAAUACGGCAGAUCAAGCAAAUGGAGGAUAAAUUGGCAGAGAUGGAGGUGGAACUGGAUGAGGAGAGAAGCAAUUCAGACCUUCUGACAGAUCGCAUCAGUAGAGACAGAGAACAGAUUGAACAAAUGCGAAAUGAACUUUUCCAGGAAAGAGCGACAAGGCAAGAUCUAGAGUGUGACAAGAUUUCGUUAGAGAGACAGCACAAAGAUCUAAAGAGCAGAAUUGCGUAUCUGGAAGGAUCUCAGAAACAGAAUAAGGAAGGAAUUGUUACUCAGCUGGAGGCAAGAAUCCAGGAACUAGAAGAACGUCUUGAAGCUGAAGAAAGAGACAGAUCUACUCUGCAAUUGAACAACCGCAAACUUGAAAGGAAGGCUAAGGAGCUAAUCCUGCAGGUGGAUGAUGAACAUCUCCAUCUAACAGACCAAAAUGAUCAGUUGAACCUGCGAUUGAAAGCCCUCAAGAGGCAAGUCGAUGGAGCAGAGGAAGAAAUAGAUCGCUUGGAAAAUGCAAAGAGAAAAUUACAGAGAGAGCUAGAGGAACAAAUGGAAGCCAAUGAAGAACUUCAAGGACAAAUGAAUACUUUAAAAAAAGACCUGAGGCGCAAGAAUUCAUCGACCAAGGUUUCAUCCUCCGUUCUAAACGAUUUUGAAAAUGAUUACAGUACAGAUGAGGAUAGUCUCUACGACACAGGGUUUAAAUUGUCAAAGGACAGUAACUUGUAGACUCAAACCUAAACCAUUGCUUAAUCUUUAGAUAAAGAGAAGCAGCAAUACAAUGACAUAAUUAACUCUACCAGGUACCAUACCAUGUGCUAGGUUUUUGUAUUGAGCUCCUUAAUUAUUCUGAUGGUAUUUGAUACAUGAAGUGUUUUAAAAAUAUGUUCACUAUUGCCUCAUUGGUUGCCAUGGUGGGUUUUUUUAUAUUUGGAGUUGUUUGGACAGCUAAACGUUAUAUUUUACUGCUUAUUCAGUUUGAAAGGAACUUAUAAAUGUGUCGACUUAAAACCAGACACAAUGAUUCGCAGUCAGUUUUUAAAUGUGUACAAGUUGUAAAUAAAUUUUGAACAAAAAUUAUUUUCCUUUAUUAUUUAAACUGUUAAAGUGCCAACAAUACUUUGGCCAAUAUCUUUAAUGGUUGAUAUACUAACCUUGUGCUUUUGUGGCCAAUUUUUCCUUUUCCGUUUUGCCCUUAAAGGCACUAACACGUUUUACUGGGGUAUGGUUCCCCACCACUGGAACUCUCGUCUUUUGCACAGCUAAUGCAUUUUCACAUUUUGGUUCUAGUGCAGUGAAGGAUAUGCUGUUUGGACCACAAGCUGGCAUCCGCAAAGUUGCAUUUCCAUCGGGUGGCACUGCAGCAACAGGGAGCAGGAAUCUGACCCCCCCCACCCACACCGACCUCUCCUGCUCCCACUCCCUAACCCAAAGCAACUAAGGCCAGUUGUAGUGCCCCUGAUCUAACCCAUCCGACACCAGCUCUCUCAGCGCUGACCACGCACUGGAACUGGGAGCUUCCCAGUCGCUGUGGCACAGUUAUUUGCUGCACAACUGCACAACUGGCUGGGUCAUCAGGAGUGGGGAGCCUCACCGUUUGUUGUAAAUGGUCUGUAUUCGCCCCUUCAGUUGUCAUAGCCACCACCAUGGAAUUGAACCAUGGAAAGAAACACACCCUGGCUUCAUUUUCCCCCUUUUUGUAUGGGAUGAGUUGACCUCCACCAAAGGUGGCAGUAGGAGUGACUACAGUGAAUCUCAGUGCCCCUGGGCUGGAAAGGGAUAAAAUACAUCUGGUUUCCUGUGGUUGUCUAGUGACCCCCUGCUGGAAAAUGUGUGUUUUCAGACAGGGACAGCGAGGGAACUUGCUGGUACUUGGGCAAUUUUAAUCCCUAAAUACAGAUGGUUAAAAAUUCAAAAAAUGGAAAUCUCCCUCCAAACCUUUAACCAAGAUGCUCAGGACCAGGUUUCUGAUUUUUAACAUUAAAAUCAGUCCUGUGGUGGCAGGUCAGUCAGUGAAAUCUCUUAUUGAUGUUGUGUGCCCUGGACUUUGGGGGUAAUUUUAACCACAGAAACUGGUGGAUUUGGGUCGGGUGGAAGAUUAAAACAUUUAAGAAUCUGAAACGGGAACCUGCCUCAAUCCAGCCUGAAUUCGGUGGGACAAGGGGGCAGGCGACAAAUCCACUUUCAGGAGGUGGGUCUGUCAUUGAAACCUUUUUAAGGAGGAUGCAUCAUUCCAUUUUGACACAGUUUCUGUUUUUAGUCCAUUUUAGCAGUUUCUGGAGCCUUGCGGAAACCCGGCAGGUAAAAGGAGCUGAGAAAGGGUUGGGUCCAUCAGGUGAAGUGCCUGUAUAGCAUUGCUUGUGGCCAAGAAGAUGCAGAAGAAGUCACAACUUAUUAAACCUGUGAGCACCAACUGCCCUCACCUCCACAGUAUACCCCCCCUGCCCAAACCAAUAUCCACCCAUAUCAGUGACCACACCCCCACCAUGAUCACUGACGAUCAAGUUUUUUUUUAUCCCCUGAUCUCUCACCCAACUCUCCCAUCUCUGACAAACUCCUCAUCCCAUGACCUUCACCCCCCCGACAAUCACUUAACGGAUCCUCCUCUGUCUUUUUGACGAGCUUCCUGUCAAUCAAGCUGGUUUUCAUGCAGGGAUUCUGUUUGUUUACAAAAGAAAGAGAGUGCACAUUGUGGGAUUAAAACUUCACUUUGUUUGGGAGAACGUGUCCUUACAGAUUUCCUGUCUAUAAUUGCAUUCCUUCACACAUUUCCCCCCCCCUGCCGCACCUGAAUAUUUGGGCAUUUACCUCUGUUCCAGGUUGAACUCUGGUCAGUUGGGAAAUACAGCAGCUGAUGGGAGACCACGCCAGCUGGAUGGAACAUAUAAGUGCCUUUCCAGCACUGCUUGUGGGCCAAGCUGGAGCCUCCCAUUCCCCUGGCCCACCAAGUUUUCCUGCUUCCAUCCCAUGACCCUGGCCCCUUUCCCAUGAUUGGACCCCAACACCCCCAUCAUAAUACCUGACCCCUGGACGCAGCUGGGUGGUUCAAGCACGAUCUCCAAAAUGCCUUCAACUUGGCUGGUUUGUUGGCAAAGGCGAAACAAAAUUGAAAAGAGGCCCCACCCCCCCACUUUUAAAUUCAGCAGGACCUUAUGGGAAAUCUGUAUUUCCAGUUUUCCUGGCUGCUAAACCUCCCCACCUCUCCCUCCCCGCCUCUCCCAUUCUUACCAGGGCCUCACCAUAUGGGUUUGCACAAGAAAAAUGAGGAGAGGGGCCCUGUGUUGUGGAAUGGUAUCCCAUCAUGUCUUUACCUGUGUUGUGGAAUGGUAUCCCAGCGUGUCUUUACCUGUGUUGUGGAAUGGUAUCCCAUCAUGUCUUUACCUGUGUUGUGGAAUGGUAUCCCAUCAUGUCUUUACCUGUGUUGUGGAAUGGUAUCCCAGCGUGUCUUUACCUUCAGACGAGAAGGGGAAAAGAAUUGGAAAGAAAGGAAUUCUGCCUCCUAAGGAUUAUACAGCCCUUUACACAUUAGGCCUAGUUAAAAUUAAUGCUGUUCAAAAAUUAGCAGAAAGUUACAACCAUUUUCAACAAUGGCCUAACUAAAGCAGGUCCUGUGAAUUAUGUCUCUAUUUUUUACAACAGUACAUCUGCCAUUGAGUAUUUCUUACUUUUGAUAUAACCUAAAUAAUAUUGCAAUAUCUGAAAUGUCAUUGUUUAAAUGGUUUGUGAAGCGUGACCUACAGCUGAUGCUCAGUUUUUACUCUUACCUUCAUUCUGUAUCAGUACACUUUCCACCUUUGGUUCAGGAUCAAAGUUAUCCAGGAAUAUUUUGAUAUUUGCCAUCUUAGUCUGGAUAACAGAAUGACUUUAUAUCUAUCUAUAUAAAUAUAUAUAUAUAUUGUAUAAAAACAUUUUGCUAAACUGAUUUUUAUUACUCCAGUAUCGUAUAGUGGAAGCUAAAAUAAAUGCACACUGUUAAGCGACAAUCAAUAAAGUGCAAUAUAUCUGCAAACAUAUAAUGUGAUUUAUUGUAGCAGGAAGAUGAGAGAGGUGAAUAGUUGUAUUUGGAUGUCAUAUACUACAACACUGCUGAAUGUCUUAUUCUACGUCUGUAUUUAAUAGUUUCUGUAGUGGGCACUAGAAUUAGACAAUAUUUAAGUGUCUUUAAACACUGAAGCUACCUCCAUGCAUACAAAGCUGUAAGGCACCAAUUACUAUAAAUAAAGAUUUUAAAACCACA